CUCACAUGGAGAAUUCUGUCUUUUCAGGUUAUUGUGUCAAGGAUGAGAUAUAUAUCAUCACAAACAGAUCGUACCAUUCGCUUUGUGGGACUAUCAACAGCCUUGGCAAAUGCCCAUGAUUUAGCUAACUGGCUGGGUGUUCCAGAACCUGGAUUGUUCAAUUUCAAGCCUAGCGUGAGGCCUGUGCCUCUUGAAGUUCAUAUUCAGGGAUAUCCAGGGAAGUAUUACUGCCCUCGAAUGAAUAGCAUGAACAAGCCCUCAUACGCUGCUAUAUGCACCCAUUCUCCUACCAAACCUGUUUUAAUAUUUGUAUCUUCUAGACGACAAACAAGGUUUACAGCACUAGAUCUAAUUCAGUUUGCUGCUUCAGAUGAACAGCCAAGACAGUUUCUGAAUAUCCCAGAAGAUGCACUACAGAUGGUUCUAUCACAGGUUACUGAUCAGAAUUUAAGGCACACCCUACAAUUUGGUAUUGGAUUGCAUCAUGCAGGACUGAAUGACAAGGAUAGGUCUUUGGUUGAGGAACUUUUUGGGAACAAUAAAAUCCAGGUAUUAGUUUGUACUAGUACAUUGGCAUGGGGUGUUAACCUCCCAGCACAUCUGGUUAUUAUCAAGGGUACUGAAUUCUAUGAUGCAAAAGCAAAACGUUAUGUGGAUUUUCCAAUUACAGAUAUCUUGCAAAUGAUGGGUCGUGCUGGUCGGCCACAAUACGACCAGCAUGGUAAAGCUGUUAUUCUGGUUCAUGAACCUAAAAAGAGCUUCUACAAAAAGUUUCUAUAUGAACCUUUCCCUGUCGAAAGUAGUCUCAAAGACCAAUUGCAUAAUCAUCUAAAUGCUGAGAUAGUUUCUGGGACAAUUUGUCAUAAGGAAGAUGCAGUGCAUUACCUCACUUGGACUUAUCUCUUCCGCAGACUGAUGGUCAACCCUGCUUAUUAUGGCUUGGAGGAAACUGAAUCUGGAAGUAUCAGUUCUUACUUGUCAAGCCUGGUUGAGAGCACAUUUGAGGAUUUGGAGGACAGUGGAUGUAUAAAGAUCGAUGAUGAUGGUGUGGCGCCUAUGAUGUUGGGUUCAGUUGCAUCUCAAUAUUAUCUUAGUUACUUAACUGUGUCGCUGUUUGGUUCAAAUAUUGGUCCAGACACUUCUCUUGAAGUUUUCCUUCACAUACUGUCUGGUGCAUCUGAAUAUAACGAGCUCCCUGUGCGGCAUAAUGAGGAAAACUACAAUGAAGAACUAUCAAAGAAACUUCCACUUAUGGUGGAUAAGAAUCGCCUUGAUGAUCCACAUGUUAAAGCAAAUUUACUUUUUCAGGCCCACUUUUCUCAGCUAGAACUACCAAUCAGUGAUUAUGUGACCGACCUGAAGUCUGUUUUGGAUCAAAGCAUACGUAUCAUUCAAGCAAUGAUAGAUAUAUGUGCUAAUAGUGGGUGGCUCACAAGUACAUUGAAUUGUAUGCGUCUUCUACAAAUGGUCAUGCAGGGUCUUUGGUUUGAUAAGGAGCACUCUGCGCUUUGGAUGGUGCCAUGUAUGACAGAUGAUAUUGUGGGCGCUUUACGUGAAAGAGGCAUUUCUGGUGUGCAACAACUUCUUGAGAUUCCAAAAUCAGAUUUACUCUCUAUCGUUGGUAGUUCAACAGGUUCAAGAUUAUACCAGGACUUGGAGCAUUUUCCUCGCAUUCAAGUUAGAGUAGAGUUUCAGGGGAAAAAAUCUGGUACUAGUACAAAGUCGUCUUUGUUUCUGAAUAUAAGAUUAGAGAAAUUGAAUUCCAGGCGCAAAACAUCAAGAGCUUUUGUCCCAAGGUUCCCAAAGUUAAAAGAUGAGGCAUGGUGGCUGCUGGUGUGUAAUAGUUCAACUUCUGAAUUAUAUGGUCUGAAGAGGGUUUCUUUCAACUCGAACCAUUUAGUCACGAAAAUGGAGUUUCCAUCAACUUCAAUAGCUGUCAAGGGAAUGAAGCUGAUGUUGGUCUCUGAUUGUUAUAUUGGAUUUGAAAAGGAAUAUUCCAUUGAACAUUUUCAUCAACGUGGACAGUAGCAAGAAAACACCCACUUGUUUAUUUAUUGUAAAAUUUUUGUUUGAUACAUAGGAGUUGUGUUCUAUUGUUUUUGGUCAUAAGAUUUUAUAAUUGUUAUGAAUUAUGAUUAUAUAACAAUAAUUUUGUAUUUAUAAUAAAAUUCUUAUAAUGUUAUGAGCUUC